AAAAAAGAACGUCAAAAUCUUUUCGAGAAGCUAGAUGUGUGGUUUGUUUUUCCGUCUCUUAAGUUUAAUUUUGCACUGUAAAUCUAAAAGUAAUCAUGGCACGGGACCGUAGUCCUGAUAGACGACGGUCCCGCUCCCGUGGUCGGGAGAGAGACCGCCACGAUGAGCGGGAAUCACACCGUGAUAAAGCCAAGAGGGAGAGUCGACGAGAUAGAUCACGUAGUCCGAGAAAAGAUCGUGAAAGGCCUGAUCAGAAAGACCAAGACAGACCUCGCAGCCCUGCAAGAAAGGACAGAGACCGCGGGCGGUCGCGCAGCCCAAAGAAACGUGACGGAAAAGAGAAAGAUCGGCGUCACGAUGAUAAAGAAAAGACUAAAACUAAAAAAGAAGAAGAGAAACCGGACGAUGAUGAAUCAAAGAAAGAGGACGACCAGAAGCCUAUAAAGCGAGAGCCAUUGUCGUUAGAAGAAUUGCUUGCAAAGAAGAAGGCAGAAGAAGAGGCGAGAAGUAAGCCUGUCUUCUUAACGAAGGAACAGAGAGCUGCUUUAGCUCUAGAGAGACGUCAGAAACAAGUAGAAGAAAUGAGGGCAAAUGUUGAACGACCAACUAUAACCACAAUAGAUCUAACUGGUCCGUCAAAGAAGGAAGAAGAGAAAAAAUACAGUGAAAGGGAUAGAGAAAAGGAAAGAGACAGGGAGAGAGAACGGGAAAGAGAACGAAAAUAUGAAGAAAGGAAAGAGAGAAGGGAUGACAAAAAAGAAAAGAAUGAAGAAAUGGCAAAGACAAAAGAUAAAGAACGUGAAGAGGAAGCUAUCAAAGCUCGUUACCUGGGCAUUAUCAAGAAGAAACGCAGGGUAAGGAGGCUAAACGAUCGUAAGUUUGUCUUUGACUGGGAUGCUUCAGAGGACACAUCAAAUGAUUAUAACACUUUAUACAAAGAAAGACACCAAGUACAAUUCUUUGGCCGUGGCCACAUUGCAGGCAUUGACAUAAAGGCCCAAAAGAAAGACCACAGCAAAUUUUAUGGCAAUCUCCUUGAAAAACGCAGAACAGAACUUGAAAAAGAGCAAGAGAAGUUACGUCUUAAGAAAGUCAAAAAGAAGGAAGAUAAACAGAAGUGGGAUGACCGCCACUGGUCAGAAAAAGAUCAAGAUGAGAUGACUGAAAGAGAUUGGCGAAUCUUCCGUGAAGAUUACAACAUCACAAUCAAGGGUGGGAAAAUCCCCAAUCCAAUCAGGUCAUGGAAGGAAGCUAACUUUCAUCAAGAUAUUAUGGAAAUCAUCAAUAAAGUUGGAUACAAAAGCCCUACACCUAUUCAACGACAGGCCAUUCCUAUUGGUUUACAAAACAGAGACAUUAUUGGUGUUGCUGAAACUGGUUCUGGUAAAACUUUGGCUUUCCUUAUACCUCUGCUUACAUGGAUUCAGUCUCUACCAAAGAAUGAACGUCUGGAAGACGCAGACCAAGGACCUUACGCCAUUAUUUUGGCGCCAACUCGAGAAUUGGCGCAACAAAUUGAGGAAGAAACAAACAAAUUUGGAAUACCACUAGGAAUCACGUCAGUUGUAGUUGUUGGUGGUCUUUCCAGAGAAGAACAGGGUUUCAAAUUGAGACUGGGAUGUGAAAUCGUCAUUGCGACGCCUGGUCGUCUCAUUGAUGUGUUAGAAAAUAGAUACUUGGUCCUCAAUCGCUGUACUUAUGUUGUCCUCGACGAAGCCGAUCGUAUGAUUGACAUGGGUUUUGAGCCGGAUGUACAAAAGAUUUUAGAAUACAUGCCCGUGUCGAAUAUCAAACCUGACACGGAUGCCGCCGAAGAUGCCUCAGUUCUUUUGGCGAAUUAUAACUCCAAGAAGAAAUAUAGACAAACUGUGAUGUUUACAGCUACUAUGCCGCCGGCGGUAGAGCGUUUAGCACGAAGUUAUCUUCGUAGACCCGCCAUUGUGUACAUUGGCUCUGUUGGCAAACCUGUAGAUAGAACUGAACAGGUAGUGUUCAUGAUCGGCGAGAAUGAGAAGCGCAGGAAGUUGACAGAAAUCCUACAGCGCAAUGUCGAACCGCCGAUUAUAAUCUUCGUAAACCAGAAGAAAGGUGCAGACGUUCUUGCAAAGGGUUUGGAGAAGCUUGGAUUCAAUGCUUGUACUUUGCAUGGUGGUAAAGGGCAAGAACAGCGUGACUUCGCUUUGGCGAGUCUUAAGAAUGGUUCCAAGGACAUUUUGGUCGCGACUGAUGUCGCUGGUCGUGGUAUCGACAUCAAGGAUGUCAGUAUGGUCAUUAAUUAUGAUAUGGCGAAGACGAUUGAAGACUACACACAUCGUAUUGGUCGUACCGGACGUGCCGGGAAGACUGGUAAAGCUGUGUCGUUCGUGACCAAGGAAGACUCGGCCCUGUUCUACGACUUGAAGCAAGUUUUGCUUUCCAGCUCAGUAUCAACAUGUCCUCCAGAACUGAUGAACCAUCCAGACGCACAACACAAGCCUGGUACGGUGGUCACCAAGAAACGGCGAGAGGAAAUGAUCUUUGCCUAAAGUAAGCUUACUUGUGUGGAAUGCGAAAUAAAUGACACACAUAGAAAAAAU